UCGGAGGACGUCGCGUAUAUUUUAGUGAAAAUAAGGUUAUAGCUCCUUGUUUACCUUCGUUUGUGUUUUAACAACGAUUUGCGAGUUAUUAAUCUUUCAAGUUCAAACUUUAACGAACUCCGCCUCUGCACGGGGAGGGGGAGCUGUUGAACACCAGCUCUUUUUUAUUUAUUAGCUAUCAUGUGUGAUGGAGGCUCUCGAUGGUGCUUCUUCAAGAAGAGAAGUGUGCAUCAAGUGGAUCUGGAGAUGACAACAGAUGAACCGCAGGCAGAAGCAGGAGCUUGUGUAUAACAAGGAUUCUACACAACGAUCAGGAUGAUUUCCUGUCACGAUUAUGGAUUUAAUUCGCUAUCAUAAUUGUAUAUUACUUGCAUGCAUAAUUUUAAUUUCUUCACUGUUUGUGAGAGCUGGUGCAUCUCCUGAAUGGCAGCGUUCAGCAGUGGACCAGUGCUCUCCAAACCCAUGCCAAAACAGUGCAAUAUGCAGGAUCCACGGAGACGGCUACUUGUGCUUCUGUGUGCCGGGGUUUCAAGGUGCUCAGUGUCAGAUCGAUGUGAAUGAGUGUGCUUCACAGCCCUGCAGGAACAGAGCUACCUGUGUGGACAGAGUGGGCCGGUUCUCCUGUCUGUGUUAUCCUGGGUUCACUGGGGCCAUUUGUGAGGUCCAGAUUGAUGAGUGUCAAUCACAGCCAUGUCUCAAUGGCGGUAGUUGCCACCACUACGCUGGGGGCUUUACUUGCACCUGCCUUCCCGGUUUCCAAGGACACCAAUGCGAAAUCAACAUUGACGAGUGCCAAGAGCAGCCAUGCCAAAAUGGGGCGCUGUGUAUAGAUGGGGUGAAUGACUACAGCUGUGACUGCUCUCACUCAGCCUUUACUGGCAGACGCUGUGAGACACCACUACCAGCCUGCCUCUCUGACCCCUGUUUCAACAGCGCCACCUGCUGGGACAACCUGGGUACCUACAGCUGUGAAUGCUGGCCAGGGUUUGAAGGGCGUCAGUGUGAUAUUGACAUCAACGAAUGUGGCAGCCACCCCUGCAUGCAUGGAGGCCGCUGCAUUGAGAGGUCAUGGCAGGCUCUGUAUGGCAGCGAGCCUCUGCUGUCCGGACACUAUGACCAGCAGCAUGCUGCAGGCUACAUCUGCAGCUGUCCUUCAGGAACUGCAGGUUCCCUCUGCCAGGAGGUAAUAGACCAGUGUGACCCCAGUCCCUGCCAGAAUGGGGGCAGGUGUGAGAGCCAUGUUGGAGGUUACAUUUGCCAUUGCCAAAAACAGAGUCAUGAUGGCGUCCUCUUUGGAGGUGUAAACUGCGAUGUGAGGAUAGUAGGCUGUGAGGGACAUAACUGUGAGAACCAAGGCUCCUGCUCUCCUUUCCUGUUGGAUGGGUUUAAUGGAUAUACCUGUUCCUGCUCACCUGGUUACACUGGACCUGUAUGUGGGACCCCUACCACCUUCUCCUUUGAGCGCAGAGGCUACCUGCUGCUGCACAGUCCCCUGGUGGAUGCUGUGGUGUCCUGCAACAUUACCCUCAGCUUCAAGACAUCUCUACCAAGUGCGUUGUUGUUCCAGAGGAACAGCAGGGGGCUGCUGCUGAGUCUGGAGCUGCAUGAGGGUCAGCUUCGUCUCACACUCAGGAAGGAGGCCUCUGCUGGGGCUGAAGCAGAAAGCCCAAGCCAGGUCCUGGAGCUUCCUCACAAUGUCACAGAUGGAGAGUGGCAUACUGUAGAAGCAGUGCUGGGGAGCUGGAUGCUCAGUUUGACUCUCUUGGAUGAUAAUGGGAGCUGUGGGAGUCAGUCAUGUCACCAGGUGGCCCCAGUCCAAAGCACCAUGGCCAGGCUGGUGUCACUUCCUCAGAACACUUUUAUUGGAGGAGUGCUUCAGGACCCAAAUGGCCAGGGUGAGGUCUCUCCACUUCCAGCAUUCAUUGGAUGCAUGCGGGAUGUGUUUGUGGACUGGCAGCUCAUUGUCCCAGAGGAAUGGCUGAGCGACUCUGCUGUUAAUGUGUCCCCCGGCUGCAGCCACAGGGACCGCUGCCUAGAUGUGCCUUGCCAAAACGGAGGAGAGUGUGUCAACCUGUGGCAGAGUUAUCAGUGCCGAUGUCCAAGGCCUUAUGAGGGGCAGGACUGUGAGGAGGAACAUGUGACCACACGCUUUGGAAACGAGAACGCUCACAGUUACGCAGCUUUCACUGUCACCGAGGAUCUGGGUGAUGGCCUCUCCAUCUCCCUCUUCCUGCGCACACGGAGGAACAACGGACUCCUACUGGCGCUUGCCAACAGCAGCAGCCAGUACCUGCACAUGCGGCUGGAGGACGGCAAGGUCACAGUUCAGCUUAAUAACUUUGAGAGCUUGAAGGCGACGACUGCGAUCAAUGAUGGGGAAGUCCACUUUGUGAGUGUAGAGUUGGAGGAGGAUCGUAUGGCGCUGUAUGUAGCAGCUCAGAGACAAGGAGAUGUAGAAGUCAGGACGAUCAAGGUCCAAGCCGGAGAUAAUGUGUAUGUAGGAGGUCGGUCUGAGAGUUGGACGACUUCAGCGUUUGGUGGAUAUUUUAAAGGCUGUAUUCAGGACCUAAGGAUCAACGACAGGAGACUGCAGUUUUUUGGGUUGGACACCUCAGUAAGAUCUUAUCCUCUGAAGUUCAUUAGAAAUGUGACAGCUGGAUGCUCAGGGGACAAUGCCUGCAGUAUGAACCCAUGUCUAAACGGUGGGCUGUGCUACUCAAUGUGGGAUGAUUUCACCUGCACCUGCCCUCCAAAGACAGAAGGGCGGCACUGUGAGGAGGUCAGGUGGUGCGAGCUGGCUCCUUGCCCCCCAGACUCAGAGUGCAGGAUGCUUAACCAGGGAUAUGAAUGCUACUCCAAUGCUACUUUCCUGAAUGAAAGCACUGUGUUGUCCUACCGGGGAAAUGGUCACAUAUCCCGCAAUAUAACAAACCUCUUCCUAAACCUACGCACACGGAAGCGUAACACGGCUAUUCUCCACGCAGAGAAGGGCUCAUCUUUCUUCACACUGUCCAUCCAGGGUGGUUUCCUCUUCAUGGAGCUUCAGAGCACCAGUGGAGAGAACAGAGAAGAGGUGGAGGUAGGGCAGGCUGUGACUACGGUCAGUCUCAGCAGCAGGACGAGUGUCAGUGAUGGAGAGUGGCACAGCAUUCACCUGUUCAUGGCAGAGCCGUGGGCACAGUCUACCCGCUGGACUCUGGUGCUGGAUGAAGGAAUAGAGGAAGCCAGCACUUCCAGGAUGCAGGGAGGCAACCUGGACUUCCUCAGGCAGGGGGUGGACAUCUUCUUAGGGGGCCUGGCCCCUGAUGCUGGGUGGUCCCUAGUUGGGUGCCUGGGCACAGUAGAGCUCGCGGGCAUUGCCCUGCCUUUCUUCAGCUCCUCUGAUGUGAACUUCCCACGCCUACAGGAGGAGCAGUUCACUCGGACAUCCUUGCUGUCUCCACUCCUCGGCUGCAGCGGGGCCCCGGUAUGUGAGCCCAACCCCUGCCUGAAUGAAGGGGAGUGUCAGGACCUUUUCAACACUUUCAACUGCAGUUGUGCCAGGGGCUGGGCUGGGAGGCACUGCAGCUUCUUCACUGACACAUGUGCUUCCAGUCCCUGCAUCCACGGCAACUGCAGUGUCAACGGGCUGACCUACGAGUGCACCUGUGAGUCUGGCUACGCAGGCGUGGACUGUGAGGAGGAGGUGGAUAUGUGUGAGAACCACCUGUGUGCCCAUGGAGGUACCUGCCUGCAGGGAGCAGACAGAUACGCCUGCCUCUGCCCUGAGAACUACACUGGAUCCCUUUGCAAUGAUCGCAUUGAAGAGAUUCCGUGGUACAUUGCUGUCAGAAAAGUACGGCCUAAGCUGCCUGUUUCUGUGUGUGGAGAUGACACCAGGAACUACACCUGCUUCAAUGGAGGCAACUGCACUGAGCGAGAGCUGACCUGUGACUGUCCAUCCGGUUUCACUGGACUCCGGUGUGAGCAGGAGGUGGAUGAGUGCAUGUCCAACCCCUGUUUGAACGGAGGCUACUGCCGCAACCUCAUCAACAAGUUUGUCUGCGUGUGUGACAUGAGCUUCGCUGGAGAUACAUGCCAGACGGACUUGACCUCUUCGGGUUUGACCUCUGACCUCUUACUGUCCAUCAGUCUGGUGUCCGUCGUCCUGCUGCUGAUUCUCAUCCUCACCUCCGUCAGCCUGGUGGUGGCGCUAAAUCGCCGCGCCACCCACGGCACCUACAGCCCCAGCCGGCAGGAGAAGGAAGGGUCCCGGGUGGAGAUGUGGAGCAUCACCCAGCCGCCACCUAUGGAGAGACUCAUAUGAAAGGCAGGCAGGGAAUGUUUGACAUGCCCGGUGAUAAUGUGGUGAUUUAUAACUUAAAGGAAUGCGUCACACAUGCAAUUAUAAUUUGUGUAUCAAUUACUCCCCCUGUGUUUCCUGUAAUUCUUGAAGAAAACGUUGGUGUUUUGCUUUCACUGUAGAAGAAGACUCAUCAAACAGAAAAUGAUGAUGUAUCAAGGUAACCCCGGAUGAGUAAUACAUGUUCUUUUGUUGAAGUAUCCUUUAAAGAAUAUUUGCAUAUGAUGAUGCCUGGAUAUAACCUUGGUCUUCCCCUCACUUUACCUCCCAUUUAAACUACUGCUGAUUUUCUUCACAUGCUGGAAGACUAUGAGAUUGUGUGUCUUUGUGGAAUGGUACAUCCUAGUGUUUCAUCCAUCUUCCUAGGAUGAUUUGCACCUGGCUUCACCACCCGGCAGUUCAUCCAUCUAAAUGCAAAGAUUUGAGUUGAAAUCGAGUCUGUCAUACCUGUGCGUCUGAUCCAUAUUUUUGUUUACACACAAACAUGGGCCUCAUCUGGAAACAAGCAGAAAGAGAUAGACAGUUCCUCAUUAGAGGAUAAGUAUGGUUUUAUUCCAUGUUCGUUAACACUUAGAUUAAUGAUAAUCUAAGUGUUAGUCUAUCUCUUUAAACCCAUUGGUUCCUACUGAAGACAUUCAUCUUUAAGACAAAGAAAAGACUGUAAUUCCCUUAAACAGCAAGGCACUGUAUUGUUUUAUCAAGUGUUGCAGGACUAAAUAAUACAUCUCUUAGGGUCUGUUUUAUCCCCUGGUUAAUAAGCAUUUGCUAUUCAAGUCCAUAUUCACUUAAGCAAGACAGUGUAUGUGGAAUCGACUCAAUUGAGUGUUUAGGGUCUUUUCACGGUAGUUGCUGACAGUAAGAAACAUAUACAGUAGCACCAUACUUAUCCUUAAAACUCAUGAACUUCCACCGAUGUGUCUUCAUUAUUGCAUAAAAGCAUUCAAAAUCAGUAAGUAUUAUAUAUCUAAAUACUAUUUCUUGUAGCCAGUUUUUAUUUUAUUUUGAGAGUAUAUUCAACUUGAAUUACUUUCACCGCUCACUGACAGAGUAAUGUACUUUAAAAGUCAGGUAUUAAGUCACACUAGCUGAGAGUAGUUUCUUAAUUUCCUCUAGGUUGACUUGUAUGUUAUUAGAAACAAGAACUGUUAGCUGUAGUGUCAUUUGAAUUGUACCAUAAUUGUGAUGAUUUUUGUUUAUCAUGUUUGAAACUGUGAAUUUCAUUUCUACCUUUAAUUGUUGGAAGCUAUACAAAAAAUGUGCUGCUUAAUUAAAGUUAAUUUAUAUUUUGUCGACACAAUGUUAUAUCUUUUUGCGUGUUGCUAACUGUACUGCUGAUAGAGAGCAUUAGCAUUUUCUUUCUUUGUUUGCCAUAAUAAAUAA